AUUCAAUGACCUUUUGGAGGCAUUACAAAGCUUUAUGAGUAAAGAACUUUUAUCUGUACAAAAGAAAUUGGAAGGGAUCACUCUGUGAAAUACUCCUUCCCUUGUUCAUGAUCCUGAUGCUGCUAGCACUGAGAUUUGCUAUUUCGAAGGAGACUAAAGGGCCUGAUAGCCUUCUGGAUUCUGGUUAUCUCUGGUAUGACCAAGGCUCUACAACUGCUAACAAAGAGUUUGCAGACUAUUCAAUCUUUCCAAAUGAUACCACUUGGUUCAAUUAUUGCUUUGAUAGAGACGAUACUCCUGAUAGAAACUACAUUGCUCUGGCUCCUUCUGGAAAUACUAUCAUCAAUAAUAUCAAGGCAAGGCUUGAGGCUGAUUUUGGAAGUACAUACAAUCUUACGGUGAAGCUCUAUGCUUCAAGAGAUGAAAUCAUCAACACCAUCAAAAGCUCUACAUAUGAAAAAGAUGAUAUUCCAGGAAUCUGAUUUGGUGCUGCUUUCACAGAGGCAACUGCUGACAAGGUCACAGUAAAUAUGAUCUUUGAUGAUAUGGUGAGUGAUCGAAACGAUGACCCUAAUAUGCCAAACCAAGACUUACCACCAGCUGAUGAUUUUCAAAGAGGUCCAAAUGAAGAUGCUUUUGGGCAAUACAAGACUGGUGGGUACACAUAUCUCCAAAAUAUUAUCGCAAAUGAGAUUCUGAUGAAUACAAGAGGAGCUGGAGCUUACAUUUCGAUGCUUUAUACAGGGAUGAAGACCAAUGUCUACAACAAAGAUGACUUUCCAGAGCAAGUUGCAGAUUUAUGGCCAAUGGCAAUGAUGCUUCUAUUUUUAGCACCAAUGUACCGGCUAUUGUUUAACUGCACUCAAGAAAAGGGCACAAAAAUGAGAGAAGCAAUGAAAGUAAUGGGCUUAACAGAUCUCCCAUAUUGGUGUUCCUGGCUGACUUACUAUACCCUUAUAAAUACCAUCUUGUGCUUGGGAAUGAUGCUACUCUUAAUCCCAGUCACUGAAUAUUCGAACAAAUUCUUAAUUUUCCUAUAUUUCUGGCUAUAUGGAAUGAGUUUAUUCGGUUAUUGCGUACUUAUUAUGGCCUUCUUCUCUUCUCCAAAAACUGCUGGAUUAGUUGGAACAAUGCUAUUUUUCGCUCUAUCUUUCGUGAACCAACUGGUGAAUGAUAGAACUGUCUCUGCUACUACCAAGAACCUCGCCUCAAUCUUUCCUUCACUUGCUGUUCAGCUUGCAAGCACGAAUUUGCUUGCUUAUGAGGAAGCUGGAAUAGGAAUUUUAUUUGGAAAUGCAAAUGAGUCAUACCAAAAUUACAAAUUUGCUACGUCCCUAUGGAUGAAUACGUUAUCAUUUUUCAUUUUUACAAUUCUUGGAAUUUAUCUUGAGAACGUCUUGCCUUCAACUGCAGGGGUACGUAAACCUCUAUGGUUCCCAUUUACUAAGUCAUUCUGGUUUGAUACUAAGAAGAAUACUCCUGCUGAGGAAGAGGAAGCUAGCGUCUCACCAAGGAAAACAAGCAAUAAAGUCCGAGACUCAUCAGAUCUUGAAGCCGGUUCUGAAGAAUGUUUAGAAAUAAGCGCAGAUAACUUUGAAGAAGUACCAGAAAAUCUUAGAAGGAAAGAAGAUGAUCAAGAGUUUGUGAAGAUCUCCAAUCUGAAGAAAAAGUUUGAAAAAUUUUGGGCUGUAGAUGGACUCAACAGUGAAAUGUAUGAAGAUCAAAUUUUUGCCCUUCUUGGACAUAAUGGAGCUGGUAAGACAACAACUAUCAAUAUGCUUUGCGGUAUGAUUGCUCCAACAAGUGGGAAAGCAUCUAUAUACGGAUAUGAUAUUACUCAAGACAUGAAAUCAUUAAGAAAGAUCAUGGGUUACUGACCUCAGCACAAUAUUUUGUUCCCAAAGCUUACUGUUGCUGAACAUCUUAGAAUCUUUUCAGAAUUUAAAGGAAAACCCAGAUCAGAAAUUACGGAAGAAAUAGAAGAAAUUUUAGAAGAUCUGAACAUGAUAGAUAAACGUGAUGUACUAUCAAUGAAUCUGUCUGGAGGAUACAAGCGCAAGCUUUCCCUUGGCAUUGCUCUUGUUGGUGGGUCAAAAAUAGUCUUUCUCGAUGAGCCAUCAAGUGGUAUGGAUGUAACUGCAAGGCGUGAAAUGUGGGACAUGUUAAAGAAAUACAAGAAUAAUAGAAUCAUCAUUCUAACCACACACUACAUGGAAGAAGCUGACAAUUUGGGUGAUCGUAUUGGAAUAAUGUCUCAGGGUAAGAUGCUGUGUUGUGGUAGACCAGAGUUCUUGAAGAACAGAUUUGGAGAAGGAUUCAAUUUGGUAAUUGUUAAGGAAGAGCGUAAAGACAACCAUAAGCUUGAAGAAUUUAUACUAAAUUCUAUUGAGGGUUCUAAGAAAGUAUCAGAAGUCAGCUCGGAAGCAACUUACUUACUUCCAAAAGAUUCCACAAAUAAAUUCCCAGAGUUUUUCAAAGAAUUUGAUAGCAAAUUGGGACAUCUUAAAGUUAAUUCUUAUGGAGUAUCUACAACAACUUUAGAAGAAGUUUUCUUAAAAGUUGAGAAUUCGGGUAAAGAAGAAGACGAAAAAGUUAUUGAAAAGAUAAAAAAGAGAAUGACGUCAGAGUAUAAUCCAGAUUCAGAAUAUUCGAUGGCUAAGGAGCAAAUAGAAGGUCCAAUUCAAAUUUUCUUCCUACACUUGUGGGCUCUCCUUAUCAAGAGAUUUCUUCUGUCGAAAAGAAACAUUAAAGGGCUAGUUAUUGAAAUCUUUGUUCCUUUUAUUCUGAUUCUAGCCGGAUAUUGGAUGGCUACAGUGCAGUUUUACAAAGAUUCUGCACAGAGAAAUCUUGAUCCAAGUUUAUUCCCCUUAGACCAGAGAGUUAUCUAUAAUACCUAUACAACUGGAGGACAUAACUCUGCUGAUUUAAUUAGUCUGUUAGAUCCUUCAAGUAACUUUACAACAGCUGAAAUAACUACUUCAGGAUCAAGUGAGAGAGCUCAUCUUCAAAAUUUUGAUGAACAAAUUUAUAAUGCUUCUCUUCUGCAACCAUUCUCACCAUACAGAUAUGGACACUACUUCUUUAAUUCAUUAGACUACACUAAUCAUAGAUAUGAAGUAGCCACUUUGUUCAAUACUACAAGCCAGGAUGCAGCUGUUGCUUUUCCUCACUUUAUCUAUGAAGCGAUACUCAAGAAAUCUAUCAGUUCUACUUUCAAUUAUACAAUGAUAAAUGACCCAAUGCCUAUAGUCCAGGUCUAUAAGGAUCAGGAGAAAGGAGGCAAUUCAUUGUUUUUAGGUCUUGUUCUUUCUAUUGGCCUUGCAAUGAUUCCUACCAGUGUCAUUGGGUUUUUGAUUCAUGAGAGAUCAAGGAACUUAGUCCAUCAGCAAACGAUUAGUGGAAUGAGCAAGUUUUCAUACUGGAUUUCAAAUUACUUCUUUGAUAUUAUCAAAGUCUUUAUUCCAGUCAUAUUUGCAAUUAUUUUCAUGUACAUUCUCAAUGUAGACUAUCCUUAUGCUUGGCUAUUGCUACUUCUUUAUCCUUUUGCUAUUGUUCCAUAUACUUAUGUGACUUCCUUUAUAUUUACUGAGGAAGGGCCAGCUCAAAACUUUACUAUUUUGCAUCACUUUUUCAUCUCAGGGUUUUGCCCAAUAGUCAUAUUUGUUCUCAGGCUGAUUAGAUCUACUUCAGAUUUUGGAGAUGUUAUCAUGUGGUUCCCAAGAUUCUUACCAUCUUAUAAUACAGUUGGAGGAAUUAUUGUAAUAGCAAUGAAGGAUCUAUUGGCUAAUGAUAGAAAAGAAAAGGCUCCUGGGCCUCUCUCAUUUGACGCUGCUGGAGGAGACCUCAUUCUUUUAAUCUUCCAUGCAUUCUUUUGGCCAAUCAUGCUUAUCUUAAUUGAAAAAGGAUUCUUUGAUUUUCUGAGAAAGAAAGGAAAAUCCAUUGAAGAAGAGGAAGAAAUUCUUGAUAAUGAUGUCCUUAAAGAACGAAAUAGAGUAGAAGAAACUUCAGAAUCAGAGCUUGCUGUUAAAGUCAGCCAUUUAAGAAAAGUCUAUGGAAACAAUGUUGCAGUGAAAGAUGUAUCCUUUGGGUUGGAGUUUGGAGACUGCUUUUGCCUUCUCGGAGUCAACGGAGCUGGAAAAACUUCUACUUUCAAAAUGCUCACUGGUGAUAUUGUUCCAACUAAAGGAGACUCAUAUAUCUGUGGAAAUAAUGUUAAUAGCAAUUUCUCAGAAGUAAGAAAGCAAAUAGGGUAUUGCCCUCAGUUUGACUGUAUUUUCGAUAUGAUGACAGUAAGAGAGCAUCUUGAGUUUUACACUAAGAUCAAGAAGAUUCCUAAAGAAUAUACUUCUAAAUUGAUCUCAGAACAGUUGAAGAGCAUGAAUCUAGAACAGUAUGAGAACAAGCUUGCAGGAACAUUGUCUGGAGGAAAUAAAAGAAAGCUCUCAGUAGCCAUGGCAAUGAUUGGCAAUCCACCAGUAGUAUUUUUGGAUGAACCUUCUGCAGGCAUGGAUCCUAAAGCCCGAAGAUUUAUGUGGGAAGUCAUUGCAAAGAUUUCUACUAGAGGUAAAAAUUCUGCUGUCAUCUUGACAACUCACUCGAUGGAAGAAGCAGAGGCUCUUUCAACCAGCAUGGGAAUUAUGGUUGGUGGACAAUUCAAAUGCUUUGGGUCAAAACAGCACAUUAAAAAUAAGUUUGGAACUGGGUAUCAAGUGGAAGUCAAAUUCAAGGGACUAAACACCAAAGAUGUGGAAAAUAAAAUUGAAUCUAUCGAGCUUGUCCAAUUCCUAAGAGAUAAGUAUCCUGCUUCAUGCAAAAUUGAGAAUAUCAAAAAUAAUGAGGAAAUAAUGCUUAAUGAAGAAGCUUGUCGAGCAGUAUUAAAAGAAUGACUCAUCAGUCCUCAGACUUUGGAUGAAUUUAAUGAUGAAGGCUUUGGAUAUGAGAUUUGCAAAGCACUUAAAGAAAGAGGAUUCUAUUCAGCAAGUGAGCUGAUAAAAUGGGAGCACAUCACUAGAAAUAAUCUUGAAACAGUUAAAACACUAGUAUCUGAAUUUGGAGAAGUUCAACUUGUUGAAAAGACUUACCUUAGGUAUUCUGUCGAAAAGAAAGACAAGUCUAUUGGAUAUUUCUUUGGACUUCUAGAAAAUCUCCGCAACAAGCUAGAUUUGGAUGAAUAUUCAGUAUCUCAAACAACAUUAGAGCAGAUAUUUAACGGAUUUGCAAGAUCUAAGGACCAUGAAAUAGCUCAGAGAAUAUUUACCAAGCCAGAAAUGGAGGAUUCAGGAGGAGAAUACCAGAGCUCCUCAUCUUCUGAUCGGAUUUUAAAGAACUCCGAGAGCAGAAAUAGACUAAAAAAUUUAGUUCAGAAAUCUGCAACUUCUGAUCUCGCUGACGAAGAAGAAUAA